CAUUGUUAUUGAUAUUUUAUCUCAUCGCCCCAGUACGCCGAUAUUUUGUUGUCCUUACGAGAAAGGACGUUCCAAAGCGUUCCUUGGCUGCGGAACCAAGAUGAAUUUCGCACCGGUAACUUGUAAAGCGUUUAGCGCUAUGCAAAACCUCGACAUAGCGCAGUUGGCCACCUGCAGUCAGCAAGAAAUCAGACCACUGCUUCCGUGUCUGGUACGGAUGAGUUUGCUGUCGCCGCUGGAUAACACCAAGGGAUGGACCGAUGCACGGAAACAGAUUCUUUCUCUGCUGGUUGGAAUCGAGGUGGUGAACAACAUUGUUUCUCUGCUGCAAGUCAAUUACCAUGAGCUAGAGAUCGAUGUAAAAAAGGAACAGCAGAUUAGGCAAAAGAUUGGAUACACAACACAGGACUCGGCACAGUUUCACAGCCUACCGAAUGGCAUUGUGAUGGGGUUUGAGCGAGCGGAUGGCACGAAUAAAGUGCGCGUAGUUCUAUCGGAACUGUUUUACCUUCAGGCCCAGAUUAACGAGCUGGCCACGCAAGCAUCGCUACAGAAAUCAGCCUCAAACGAGCUUACCAUACGCCCGUCCGAGCUAUUUGACAAUGAAAUAUAUCUGGAGGAAAUAGCAGAUAUCAUCUGCAUCGCACUGGCAGAGCUUCCUUCCCUGUUAAAUUUGCAGGAGGUAGUCGAAACGUUACUGUACGUUCGCAACGGUUCGAAGAUUGUGUGCUGGAUCGUAGCUAACAUGCCGGACUGCUUUCGUGAAGUCGUUACCGCUCUAAUUACAAACAGUGAUGAAGAUACAACGGAUGGCCGGGUGAAGCUUGCGGCAUUGUACGAACUGAGCGAAAUGAACCCCAGCCAGGCACUUUCGAUGCGUACAAUCUGUGUGGAAACGGUAAAGAUGCCCUCACUGAUGAUUAAACUGAGCCUGCAGGAUCCACAGAACCUGGUGGCAUUUGUAUCCGGACUACUGCUCGGCAAUGAUCAAAAUAUUCGCUCCAGUUUUGCCCUAUAUAUCCGCACAAGUCAGAAGCGUAAAGGAGACGUGCUGCAUCAGCUGCGGGAAGAGUUUCUAAAGCAGCUGAUGAACAUCAACUUGCAGUCCGUCAAUGGUACGCUGCUCGAAGAGCUCGUAGUACAGGCUACUGCCAUCGUACGUCUUUACUGCGCCCUGAGGACCAUAUCGGGUAUCAAGUUUUUCGACGAGGAAAUACAACUGUUAGUGCAGCUGAUCACCUCCAAACCACCGCCGACACCGGCUGGAAUACGUUUUGUUUCGUUGGGUCUUUGCAUGUUUAUUGCAUGCUCCUCGCUCAUUACACAUCAGUCGCACGAAGCGAAGAUGAUAGAAUGGAUACAGUGGCUCAUUAAGGAGGAAGCAUACUUCGAAAGUGUGAGCGAAGUUUCAGCGUCAUUCGGCGAAAUGUUGCUGCUGUUGGCCAUUCACUUCCACAGCAACCAGAUGCUGCACAUCACCGAGCUGGUCUGUUCCACGCUGGGAAUGAAAUUUACGCUACGACCAAAUACGAUCACGCGCAUUAAGCUGAUCUUCACGCAGGAAAUCUUUACCGAGCAGGUCGUAGCAGCCCAUGCUGUCAAGGUACCUGUAACGCUGAACCUCAAUGCGACCAUACCGGGCUAUCUGCCGGUGCAUUGUAUCCACCAGCUGCUGAAAUCGCGAGCCUUCUCCAAGCAUAAGGUUCCGAUCAAGAGUUGGAUAUACAGACAGGUUUGUAAUUCGGUCACUCCGAUGCAUCCAGUACUGCCUGCAUUGGUAGAAGUGUACGUCAGUUCCAUUAUAUUGCCAAAUCAGAAAGGUUUGCAGGAACAGCACACCCAUAAGGCACUUUCCGAGCAGGAAAUAGCACAGGUGUUUCAAAAUGCUUCCGGACUGUGGAACAAGGAACAGAUGGGCAAAGUGAAACCAAUGAACCAGACAGGUUUGGAUCGAUUAACUAAAGAGCAUGCACAUCAUCAACCGAUGGAAGUGGACGAUUCUGGUAAUCGGCAGCCCAAUCUUACUCCCCAAUUGCUGCUACUAUACUAUCUGCUACUCUAUGAGGAUGUUCGGUUGAGCAGCAUGCCACAAAUCAUUGCCAGCGGUCGACAGGUGAAGAGCUACAGCAACGAGUUUAUGUCCGAGCUGCCGAUAAAGUAUCUGUUGCAACAGGCGCAGAGAAAUCAGCACGAAUACAGUGCACUGUUUAGUCCACUGUUGCGCCUGUUGGUGACUCAUUUUCCGCACCUUUCGCUGGUGGACGAUUGGAUUGAUGAAGAGUCCAUCGCGUUCAACGAUAGUUCUACUGCUGCCAGCAUCAACGAGCUUACGAUCAUAGAAGCGUUCGAAGAUAUCGAUCAAAAUCCCGCUCGAGUAAUCAAACUGUUGCGCAGAAUGAUGCGUAAGUCGCCUACAGCCCUGUGGCCACUAGCACCAACCUUCAUACGAUAUUUCAAGCAUACACUCAACCACACGGUACCAUUGCUUCUGCAAGAACUGUAUCGGCAGGUAUGGAUGCGGUUAAACACGAUCUUCCCCCGACGACUUUGGGUUAUGUCGAUCAACGCUCUGAUGCCAGCAGAUAGAGUAACGAAAAAUUUUACACUUACCCAGGAGAAGAUUUUGUUCGAUCCGCUGCAGGUACUGCGAUGCGACAAACGAGUCUUCCGCUGUGCCAGUGCUCUUUCGAUUGUGCUGCGUAUCUUGCAAGCGAUACUGGCUGCUUCCAGAAGCCAACUAUCGCGCCACAUGCUCGACAAACCGCUGAUCGACAUUGGGAAUCAGGUAAAAACGGACAACGAUCGUGAGGAGCUAAAGCUGGCACUGAUCGCUACGCAGGAAAGCGUUGGAGUGCAGAUUAUACUUGAAGCGUGUCUCGAGAAUGAAACGGAUUGCUCCGAACCGGGUCGUCAGUGGGCCCUCCGGGAAGUCCGCGGUGUGAUUUGUUCGUACAUCCACCAGAUGUUCAUAGCGGAACCCUCGCUGGCGAAACUGGUCCACUUUCAAGGAUAUCCGCGCGAACUGCUAGCAAUAACGGUGCGCGGUAUACCGUCGAUGCACAUCUGUUUGGACUUCAUUGCGGAGCUUUUAAGCAUGGCCGAAAUGGAAAAGCAAAUAUUUGCGAUAGACCUUGCGUCACACCUUUCGCUGCAGUAUGCAUUGCCGCGAUCGCUUAGUAUAGCGAGGCUAUGCAUUAACACGCUCAUGACGUUGCUGGGAGUGCUUUCCGGUGAUACUCGCAUCGAAAUGUUCCGUGCCGUACUGCCUUGCAUCGUACGCUUUGCUGAAGCGUUUCCGCCUUUGCUGGACGAGUGUAUACUGUAUCUGCUGCAUCUCGGGCGUAUAGUACAAUCCCAAGCGGCCCUUGGUCGUUCCACAUCACUUCCUUCCUUGUACGUUGGGCAGAAUUGCAAGCGGCGUUCACAGAGCGGACAACUGCAGCACGCUGAAAGCUUAGUUGAUGAGGUGCGGGAAACUUUCGCGAAACUGUUAGAUGCAGCCGUAUUAAGUCCUAAGAUAUAUUCACACUCGGAAACGCACACGGGAAAUUAGAGCAUUUCGCGUGUUGAUGUAACAUAGGUAAAGUAGGGACCGCGUUGUUUCGCGAUUUUAACAACCAAACGGACUUACAAUGAAUAACAGCCUUAUUUUAUAACUGACAAAGAUUUACCGCGAAGAUUGGUCGCUCUGGAUGAGCAGAUGUGUAGAUACGAAUGUGUUUGAAACAACAGCGUUUAUGUACGAAACAAAGAGCAUAAAUUUUUUAAUUCGUUUUAGUUU